UUGGGACUACAACUCCCAUCAUCCCUAGCUAACAGGACCAGUGGUCAGGGAUGAUGGGAAUCGUAGUCUCAAAACAUCCGGAGGGCCGAGUUUGGGGAUGCCCGGCUGAAGUACUCGGAUCUCGCCCCGGCUGCAGCAUGGGCGUGACAAAUAGGUUCGCGGACAGCCGGUCGAAGUGCUGCGGCUCAGCUUUUGUGCCGGAAGCAAGCUCCUGGAGCAUGAGGGCAGCGGGAUUGCGCAGGCCACGGCUUUCGGAUAUUUCUCCUGCAAAGCGCCUACGGGCGUCCCUGCUGCUAGCUGCAUCGCCGCCCUCGAAAAAUCUUGCCUGCGCAGGGAGACACGACCACUUGCAACUCGCCUUGCCAAAGGGGUUGCGUUACGCGGAGCAAUGCGGAUUCGCCGAGCUCGGAGUUUAGAGGGAAGGUCCCCAUUGGCCCAGGAUCGGGGAAAGGGGCGGUGCAAAGCCCGCGCUCACACGGGCCACGAACCGUGCAACGUGUGAGCGAGCGGCGGCGGCUGCAGCACCAGCGAUGGGGUAACUCAGCGGCGCAGACAUAUUAGGCUGGUGCUGAUGACUGCGAACAACUAGCUUUCAGCCCUGGAAAUUGAGUCAGUUUUGUCCAGUUCUCAGAAGAUCAGAAGGCAAACUAGGUAUGUCAGAAGUUCUCCCUUCUGCAGAUCAAAUUCAGAAGUCAUCUAAUGCGGGUUGAGAUACCAGAAGAAGAAAAUCAGACAUCAAUUUAAGAUGUCAAGAUGGUGCAUAUGUUUCUGAUGAUGUGAAAUUCUUACAUUGCCUGUGAAGAAAGCACAAAAGGAGUUGUAAGAGCAUAUUUUUAGCUAACUGCUAGCAUCCAUGAGAUGUUUCCUGGUGGAACAUUUCUGAUACGAUGGAGAUUCUGCUUCUGAAGGGACUAAUAUUCGUGCUGGCCAGCUGCUUCAUAGGUCUCUUCUACUAUCAACACCCACGUGUCUCUGUGAGUGGGAAAAGAUCAGGCUACAAACAACCCAACUUCAUAAUAAUUUUAGCGGAUGAUAUUGGAUGGGGAGAUCUUGGGGCCAACUGGAACCUGAGAAAAGACACGCCUCACUUGGAUAAGAUAGCAACAGAAGGCAUGAGGUUUCUCGAUUUCCAUUCAGCGGCAUCCACCUGUUCCCCAUCACGAGCCUCUCUGCUUACAGGGCGCCUUGGCCUUCGCAAUGGAGUGACCCACAAUUUUGCUGUCACCUCGGUGGCCGGCCUCCCGUUGAACGAGACUACCUUGGGAGAUGUUCUGAAGGAAGCUGGCUACCUCACUGCUGCCAUAGGGAAAUGGCACUUGGGACACAACGGCCCUUAUCACCCCAACUUUCGUGGCUUUGAUUACUACCUGGGGAUACCCUAUAGCCAUGAUAUGGGCUGCACUGACACACCGGGCUAUAACCUCCCUCCUUGCCCAGCUUGCCCUGGGCACUCUGCAGCAAUAAGGAAACAUCGGAAAGACUGUUAUCCUGAAAUAGCACUACCUCUUUUUGAAAACCUCACAAUUGUCCAACAGCCUGUGAACCUAACCAGCCUGGCUGCAAAAUACACAGAGAAGGCGAUUCAGUUCAUUCAGUAUGCAAGCCGGAGUGGACACCCAUUCUUCCUAUAUAUCGCCCUGGCUCAUAUGCAUGUGCCUUUGACGUUGGCUGAGCCAACAUGGGACCUGCCUGGACAAGAUCCAUACGGAGCAAACCUGAGGGAGAUGGAUGCCCUGGUGGGACGAAUAAAAAACAAAGUUGACAGCACCGUGAAGGAAAACACACUCCUCUGGUUCACAGGAGAUAACGGGCCUUGGGCUGAGAAGUGUGACUAUGCGGGCAGCGUCGGUCCCUACACGGGGAGAUGGCAAACAAGAAGAGGCGGGAGCUCAGCAAAGCAAACGACCUGGGAAGGGGGUCACCGCGUCCCCACGCUUGCCUACUGGGCAGGGAAGAUCCCAGCAAAUGCCACGAGUCCUGUGAUGUUGAGCACUUUAGAUAUAUUCCCUACCUUGGUGUCUUUGGCAAAGGCAAGCCUCCCUCCCAACAGACAGUUUGAUGGUAUGGAUGUGUCGGAGGUCCUCUUCGGGCGGUCGAACAAAGGACACCAGACGUUGUUCCAUCCCAACAGUGGGGCAGCAGGAAAAUAUGGAGAAAUACAAGCUCUUCGGGUGGACCAGUACAAGGCAUUUUAUCUCACAGGUGGUGCCAAGGCCUGUGAUGGGAGCAUUGGGAAAGAACGCUGCCAUCAGCCACCUCUCAUUUUUAACUUACAGCAUGACACCCAGGAGGAGGCACCACUGGACAUUGAGACAGCCGAGUACCGUACUGUUCUGCCAGUGGCGAACAAGGCUCUCCUGGACAUUCUUUGGAAUAUUGCAGCAGAUAAUAUCUCUACAGCAGACUACUCUCACGACCCAGCUGUGAUACCCUGCUGCAACCCACUGCAUUUGGUCUGCCGGUGCCAGUUGGCUUAUUCCAACUCAUCCCACAGAUGCUGAGCUGAUACGGGAAGUGAAGCCAACAAGACUCAAGGCAGAGAGGGUCCACAACAUACGAAGAAAAAUACGGGAGGCCAUUCUUACUGUGGAUCUCCAGACAAGAUUCUCUGAAAAUAGCAACUGAGGCAUGGUGUACAGUAGAAAGAAAACGGGAUUCUAUUUGCAAGCAGAUGCAGCAGUUCCACUGGUGAAACUUAAUCAAGGCUGACAUCUUUAGGGCUCCGUUCAAAACAACAAGACAGACGAACGCAAGGUGACAGCUGCUGCUGCUGCUGACAUGAUGCCGACUUUAUUAACAGGUAUUCCAGCAGAGUGCCAACACAGUAUGUUGGAGUUCUCUUUUUUCCCCUGUCUCCCUAAUAGGCCACUGCAAAAAUAUUCUGCCUGGGUAAAAUAUUAUGUAUAUAUACUGUACAAAGGACAUAGAUCAAAUAGACUUCUGUUAAGUACAUUUAUACACGACAUAAAUUAGAAAAGGGCAGGCAUGUGUAUAAAAUUCAGGUUCGGGGGGUGGUGGUGGUGGUAACAUUUACACUCCGAGUAUAGAGCAAUGUGCAUAUACAGUACAUUGAUACCAAACCCACGCAGCACUUUUAAGAGAAUACACACAAAGGGCCAGAAAGGAUUGGCUAAGAAGAAACAUACUGUGUUAUAAAAGCACUGGAGCACCUCUGGCUCCCCCCCCUCACUUGUGGGAUCUUCCACUUUCCCAUUUUUUGUUUCUCCAAACUACCUCCCAUCCGUCGCUCCGUGCUCUGCUGUUUGCCACUCCUCAUGACCUCUUGCCUUUGUUCGUCUGGCUUCCACGGCACAAGUUUAUCUACCAAAAUCAAAACAGAAGGGCCUUACUUUUCCCAGCAGCGUGCCGUUGAGCAGGGAGUGUGCUGUAGCCGGACUUUGCGCACAUGCAGAGGAAGCAGCAGGGAGGCAGGAUGCCAUGCAACUGUUUUGCUUUCCGCAAAAUCUGUGGGGCCACUUAGUUUUUUUGUGUGCCCUUAAUUCAAAGGAAUCAUCUGGGCUGGGAACGGACCCCAAUGCCCAUCUUAGAAGACUGAGAAUUGUGUUUUCUGCUUUAAACAAUGAACCCUUAUCUUGGUUGUAAACGCGGCCUGUGCUGGGUCACCUGAUGCAUCGCGGCUCCCCAGCCACCACUAGCACAGCGCACCUCCUGGCUCCCUGUGCUGUGUUAGCGGCAACCACAGUGUAUCAAGCAGCUCAAAUUGUCUGCAUACGGCAAAGGGGUCUGGGCGGGCUACGUCUUUCCUCCUGGAGCAACCAAGGACCCCAAGAGGAAAGUGUUAGGUUGCCCAACUGGACUAAGGCAAAGGCAGACAGAUGCACAGAGCUUGAACAUGCUUCUCAGGCUCUGUGUGCUUGGUUGCUGCCUGCCUGCCUUUGCCCAGGGAGGUGGGUUGUCUCUUUCAUCCCAGAGAGACCAACCACCCCAAGAGGAAAGACGCAGCUUGUCCACUCGGGCAAAGGCAGGAAGGCAGGCGCCUUUGAGCAAGCCCUUGCUCGUGUGAGCUGGAAGGUAGGGGUUUGAUCAGCUGCAGGGUGGGUGGGAAGCUGCCCACCCCAUAGCUGAUCAAGCUCGCAGAAGCCAGAGCGGUAUGGGGUUGGGCGAUGUAUCUCAACUGCUUCUUCCUCCCCACCUUAGGGGAGGAAGCAGCAGCUGAUACACAUUUCAGACAUUGUGAUAGAUCAGCACAUGCUGAUAUUUAGCUGCUGAUACAUUGCAGUGUUGAAAACCAGAUAUUGCCCAACCCUAACAAUAGCUGGAGUUCCUUUGCUCCUGCAUGUAAAUUGCUCUCCUCUGAGCAUAAGUGAUGCACCUGGCACACAGCAAUCAUGUUUUAGUGGCACUUGAUCCCAAGCUGCUUGGAUUCCACAGGCAUAGCUUCACAUACACAAUGAUGCUUUCCACAUGAAGAGCAUCUCAAAGUAGGAGAAAGUAUGCACACCAUCGUCACCUGCAACGCAUGCAGAAUGCUCAUUUCACAUGGUGCACCAAUGGAUUGUGGCAAAUACAUUUUUACGCUUCCCUGGACAAGAGAGCUUAUAGUCGUCGUGCUGUAAAUUAGAUCGCCUAACUCUCCCCUCCACCUCCUGUAAGUAAUAUGACGUGGAGGAACGGUAGUGGAAUACCCAAUUUAGUGCUUGUGAAGGUUGCAAUACGACCCAGACAUCCGAAAAAAACUUUUAGCACUUGGGUCUAGUGUGGCUAGUCCACUUUGUCCAAAUUGGAAUUUAGCAGUUUCUGACGUGUGUAGAUACUUCCUCCUGUGCAGAAGACAGUGUAGACAUACCCUUUGAAAAACCUCUUUUUUAUGCCAGUAUAUUAGCUAUUCAAGGUACCGUCCCUGCCAAGGAGGGCACCCUUACAAGCCUCAGGCUAGAAUGGAUCUACCCUCCAUGUCAGAGAUAAGAGCUCCAAAAUAAGAAAGGGAGACCCAAUGUCAGAGCUUCCCUUCCCACCUCUGCUA